UUAAAACAGCACUCACUAGUUGUGGUGAGGAUAACUUGAAUUCAAGGUUCCGCAACCCAGGUCAGUAGCCGGUUUGUUUCUCACGCGGCGGUACUGUGUAUAGCGAUGCGGAUGUGCCGCCAUCUUAAAGCGCUGCGUUGCGUCACACUAGGGGGAGAGAGAGAGAGAGUGAAAGAUCAGACGGCUCGAAACACAGAAUUAAACAGCAAGCUCACUCCUGUCAGUGAUUAACAACGUGGUCCGAUAGAUAGCUUUAUUAUACACUUCAAGGUUGUGUGUAUCCACAUUGUAAUUAGGCCUUACAUCCCGAAUCAACCCAGAACCGUUUAUGGUCACAUAAACAGCGCCAGACUGAGAGAGGGAAGCGGGCGCUGGGGUUUAGGUUUGCGGCUACACUAAACAGGCCGCAUUGGGUCUGUGAAGAGCGUAAUAAUUUUCUCUGGUGCUUUUUGGCAGUUUUUCCCCACUCACUGCAGUUUCUGUGUAGCUGGUCUGCACGCGAGCAGUGCCAGUUUCAGCAGUGGGGGUGCCGGAGGAAGAAGCCGACGGCGCCCGCGAGUUAGGGGCUGCUGUUCGGGGCCCGCCGUCCCGGUUCCAGCGAUUUUUACUCCAUUUGAAUUUUUUGUCUUCUCCGGUGGGAGGUUGGCGAGUUUUCCCCCGUUCGGCAAGGGGAACCGCGAAGCCCUCGCCUCCCACAACCGACGCAGAGAUUGGGCGAAUAGCGAGUAAAUACGUGCGCGUUUCCCUGCCGCCGGCCUCUGUUUCCCUUCCUCCACCACCUGUGACCCUCGCCCUCCCGUCGCCGCCACUGGGAAAGGCCGAGCCUCUACCAGAGGCCCAGCCAGAGCUGCUUUCUACAACUUAUUCUCCUAAAGGCCAGCCAGUCCAGACAGGAUUGCAAGAAAGCUAUACGGAUCAGGAUAGUGAGUUCGAUAUGAAUCAUCACCACCCGCAGCAACAUCCGAAACCUGGGGAGCAGCAACUGAGUGAACCAGAGGAUAUGGAGAUGGAAGGAGACCCAGAUGAUCCACCAAGAAUAAUGCCAAAUGCUGUCAUCAAUGGGAGUGUUGCAAUGGGUGAUGGGCAUAACACAGAAGAAGAUAUGGAAGAUGACACAAGCUGGAGGUCAGAAGCAACGUUUCAGUUUACUGUUGAACGUUUCAGCAGGUUGAGCGAGUCUGUGCUUAGCCCUCCUUGUUUUGUACGUAACCUUCCAUGGAAAAUCAUGGUUAUGCCCCGCUUCUACCCAGACAGACCUCAUCAGAAGAGUGUAGGCUUCUUCUUGCAGUGUAAUGCAGAAUCUGAAUCCACGUCGUGGUCUUGCCAUGCCCAGGCAGUACUGAAGAUAAUUAAUUACAAAGAUGAUGAGAAGUCAUUUAGUCGCAGAAUCAGUCACCUUUUUUUUCACAAGGAGAAUGACUGGGGCUUCUCCAAUUUUAUGGCUUGGAGUGAAGUAACUGAUCCUGAUAAAGGGUUUAUAGAUGAGGACAAGGUUACAUUUGAAGUUUAUGUGCAAGCAGAUGCACCACAUGGAGUUGCGUGGGAUUCAAAGAAGCACACAGGUUAUGUGGGAUUAAAAAAUCAGGGUGCUACUUGUUACAUGAACAGCUUGUUACAAACCUUAUUUUUCACGAACCAGCUUAGACGGGCAGUAUAUAUGAUGCCCACCGAAGGUGACGACUCCUCGAAGAGUGUUCCACUAGCAUUGCAGCGAGUCUUUUAUGAGCUUCAGCAUAGUGAUAAGCCAGUUGGAACUAAAAAGCUUACAAAGUCUUUUGGGUGGGAAACCUUAGACAGUUUCAUGCAGCAUGACGUGCAGGAGCUAUGUAGAGUUCUGCUUGAUAAUGUGGAAAACAAAAUGAAAGGCACUUGUGUAGAAGGUACGAUACCCAAACUGUUCCGAGGGAAGAUGGUGUCUUAUAUUCAAUGCAAGCACGUUGAUUAUCGGUCUGAAAGAAUAGAGGAUUAUUACGAUAUUCAGCUGAGUAUAAAGGGAAAGAAAAACAUAUUCGAGUCUUUUAAAGAUUAUGUAGCUGUGGAACAACUGGAUGGUGACAACAAAUAUGAUGCUGGGGAACAUGGCUUACAGGAGGCUGAGAAAGGUGUUAAAUUCCUAACCUUUCCACCAGUGUUGCACCUUCAGCUUAUGAGGUUUAUGUAUGACCCACAGACCGAUCAAAACAUAAAGAUAAAUGACAGGUUUGAGUUUCCAGAACAGUUGCCGCUGGAUGAGUUUCUUCAAAAGCCAGAUCCAAAAGAUCCUGCCAGUUACAUCUUGCAUGCAGUGUUGGUGCAUAGUGGCGAUAACCAUGGCGGACAUUAUGUGGUGUAUCUAAAUCCUAAAGGUGAUGGCAAAUGGUGUAAGUUUGAUGAUGAUGUGGUGUCAAGAUGUACAAAAGAAGAAGCAAUUGAACACAACUAUGGAGGCCAUGAUGAUGACUUAUCUGUACGGCAUUGCACCAAUGCUUACAUGUUGGUGUACAUCAGGGAAUCUAAACUUAGUAAGGUACUAAUGCGCAUGACCGACCAUGAUAUCCCCAAGCAACUCUGACAGAUGGAGAGAACCCAAGAAUCUGAAGCGAUGAGCUGCCAGUUUAGAAGGCAGAGAGAGCAGAAGGGGCUAAGGGAGCUGGUCAUGAUAGUGACAGAAGACCAGUUCUGUGGCCAUCAGGGCAAUGACAUGUACGAUGAAGAAAAAGUGAGGUAUACAGUGUUCAAAGUAUUAAAAAACUCAACACUAGCAGAAUUUGUCCAGAAUCUUUCACAAACUAUGGGGUUUCCCCAAGAUCAGAUCCGGUUAUGGCCAAUGCAGGCUAGGAGUAACGGUACGAAGAGGCCAGCAAUGUUGGACUAUGAAGCAGACUGCAGUAAAACUAUGAUUGAAUUGAGUGACAAUGAAAAUCCCUGGACGAUAUUUCUAGAAACUGUGGAUCCAGAGAUGGCUGCUAGUGGGGCGACAUUACCCAAAUUUGAUAAGGACCAUGAUGUAAUGUUGUUUCUGAAGAUGUAUGAUCCCAAAACAAGAAGUUUAAAUUAUUGUGGUCAUAUAUACACGCCUAUAGCUUGUAAAAUACGUGAUUUAUUACAAGUUAUGUGUGAAAGAGCAGGAUUUCCGCAAGGAACGAAUCUUAUCCUCUAUGAGGAAGUAAAACCCAAUUUAACUGAACGAAUUCAGGACUAUGAUGUGUCCCUUGAUAAAGCACUUGACGAGCUCAUGGAUGGAGACAUCAUAGUAUUCCAAAAGGAUGACCCAGAAAAUGACAGCAGUGAAUUACCUACAGCGAAAGAAUAUUUCAGAGACCUGUAUCACCGCGUUGAUGUCAUCUUCUGUGAUAAAACCAUUCCUAAUGACCCUGGAUUUGUUGUUACAUUGUCUAAUAGAAUGAAUUAUUUCCAGGUUGCGAAGACCGUUGCACAGAGACUCAAUACAGAUCCAAUGUUACUACAGUUUUUCAAGUCCCAAGGGCUGCCACAACAAGUUUCUGUACUCGCUGAUCUCCAAGCUUUCACACAUUUCCUCAAGAAACUAGCUUCCCCUGAGCCAGCAGCACAGAGUAAUCUUUCUAUUGACAUUAAUGUGUUUGACCAGAAACUUUUUCGCUGUAGAAAACUACAACUUGAAAUUGCUUAUCUUGAGGAGUGCUUAAGAAAGGAAAUAAUUCCGAAAGGGCUCAGACAGUGGAGGUACCCUGUCGGGUUAAUUGAACGGUCCGAAUUUCAUUAUGAACUUUUGGACUUAUUUAACAGACAAGGGUACGAAUUUAUUAAGGUCUUAAUUAAUUAUUACAAAUCAGAAGUUGCCUUACUAAAAAGUGAACUUGAAACUUUGGAACAUUCAAUUAAGUCUAGCGUUGAUUUUCCUCGCUACAAAUACGAGUACACGAGGAUUUUCAACAGUAUAGAAGCCACUAUGAUUAAACUGACUAAUGGUAAGAAGAAAAAAAUAGCAAGAGAUGUUCAGCAAUAUGCCAGUAACACUGCAUACCCCCCUCCACCACCUGUUUUCAACCCUAAUAAUUCUCAAGGUUCUUCCUAUGGGUUUAGGAAUAAUACCGAAGGUGGAGAUUCUAACAUCCCUCUUGUUGAAACUGACAUUCCUUCAGGGCAAGACUCUGUUCCUCGUAGAAAGUCUCCAGUUUGUUCAACCCGCUCCUACACCCUAACAUUCUUUCCUUCGAAAAAAAUGUGCGAAAUUGAUUUUAGAUCUUUGAACAUCAUUGGAUCAAGAAAUAGAAAAGCACGUCUUAAUAUUAAUGAAAAUGAACGUGAUUUUAUUAAACUUUUGAAGGACUGUAAGAUUAGGGUGAUGAAGCCAGAUAAGGGGGGUGGGUUGGUUUGUAUGGAUCAUAGCUCAUACGUUUCAAGUAUGAUGGAGCAUCUUGACACUAACAUAUACCAACUAGUUAGUUUAAAUGAAGUUAAUAAGGCCUACAAAAAAAUUAAGUGUAUAUUGGAUGACCUCUUUAUAGAAAUGGCCAUUGAUUUAGAUCUUUACAACUUUCUAACUAUGCCAGCUCCUAGGAUGGCAUCAUUGUUUGGAAUACCUAAGAUCCAUAAGAGGAUUGUUGAUCCACCGUUUAGACCUAUCGUUGACGGACGUGGAUCCAUCACUUAUGGAUGUGCUAAGUAUGUUGACAGCAUUCUUAGACCUUUAGUGGAGCAGGAACAACAAAUAUGUAGGGACUCUUGGAGUUUUCUUAAGGAGCUUAGUAAAAUUCCCUUCCAUCAUGAAUAUCAACUUUUGACAGUAGAUGUAAAGGACUUUUAUACGGUUAUUCCCCAAACUUUGGGGUUGGAGUGGAUUAAGGAUUUUAUGCAAUCAAGGAAAGUGAAUAACAACACGAUUUAUGUUGUAGAAACUCUCCUUGAGGAGAUAAUACUUUAUCCAGACAAGCAUGGCUGUGUGCGAGAUCUGUUAGAGGAAUGCAAGAAGGCUGUAGUACUGUCUGAGAAAGGAUCGGGCAGAUUAAGACUUUUAGAAAUUGUAAGCUAUAAAAUAAUCGGAGUUCAUCAAGAAGAGGAACUUUUAGAAUGUUUGUCACCUGCUACCAGCCGAACGUUCAGAAUAGAAGAAAUCCCUUUGGACCAGGCAGACAUUGAUAAAGAGAAUGAGAUGUUAAUCACAGUAGCACAUUUCCACAAAGAGGUCUUCGGAACAUUUGGUAUUCCAGUUUUACUUUUGAUCCGUCAGGGUGAACCCUUCAGAGAGGUGAUGAGACGGAUUCAGAGAAUGCUUGAUAUCCAAGAAAAAGAAUUUGAAAAGUUUAAGUUUGCCAUUGUAAUGAUGGGUCGACAUCAAUACCUCAAUGAGGAAGAGUAUAAAGUAAACUUGAAAGAUUUUGAGCCUCAACCUGGAAAUAUGUCUCAUCCUAGACCAUGGUUGGGGCUUGAUCAUUUUAAUAAAGCUCCAAAGAGAAGUCGUUACACGUACCUUGAAAAAGCAAUUAAAAUCCACAACUGACACAUCCAAGAGUACUAAAGAACAGAUCUGUGUGUGUGCACCUUUUAACUGCAGUAGAACUUUGGUACACGUGCACUAUGAAGUCUUCAGCAAGACGAUUGCUGCUGUUGCUAAUUUUAUUUUUUUGAGGCUGUUGAAUUUGGCUUCUGUAUCUGCUGAUUGGCCACUUUACUGAAGAAAAUGGGAAGAUGUUUUUAUAACGUGUGGAUACGGACGGGGAAUUUUAUUUGUAAAGUUUGUUUAUUUCAGGCAGUUGGCAGCAUAGUGAAGGAGCAGUUCAAUAGAACACCUGUCGCUGGCAAAAGUCUCUCGAAAAAGAAGCAACAUGGCUGCACAGUUGUACUGACUACCCUGUCGAUGCUGCCUUGUACUACCAUUGCACUUGACAGGUUUGUUUACACACUUUUCAGACUUCUUCCUACAGAGUAACAUUUAAUUUGUACAUUUGUAGAAUCCAACAUUCAGAGCCUAAGUAAGCUGUGUUACGCUUCAAGCUGUAAAAUGUUGGCACUUUACCAGGGAUUCAGUUUUUGACUGCAAUAUCUUUGGUCUCAAAGUCACCUUAGUAAGAAUACAUUCAUUUCAACCCCUUCCAUACCAAAUGAAGAGUGGCGUGUAACGGGAAGCUGUGGAAUACUUUGUGCCUGGUUUGGACAUUAUUGCUGGGGGUCUACUGUGCUGCCUGUUUACAAAGCUGAUAGCACUGAAAGAAUUUAAUGGGCGUUGGAGUGACGGUGGUGAAAAAUCUAAUGUAGUUACCACGCAGCAAAGGAUACAGCCUUUUUUAGCACAGAGGGCAUGCUCACUAAUGUUAAAUAGUAAGCUGUUGACUUUGUAAAAAUGAAAUUGUAUAUUUAAAGAAUGAACAUGUACAAUUUAACACAUGGAGGUUAAUUUUUGUUGGGCAAGUCUGCAAGUCAGUUUCACUGAUGUUGAUAUUCAUUGUGUGUAGUUUUAUUUCAGCCCCACACUCUCUUAUUAAUUUGAAGCUAUGGCAGCCGCGUGUCUAGUUUUGAGUGCAGUUAAAUAGAAUCUGCAUUUCACAACUUUAAUUUUACAUUCAACUCCAAUCUUUUUAAUUUUCCUGUAGCACAGUGUACAAUUCUUCCUGUAUAUUGCCUUUUUGCUGGAAAAUGUUGUAUGUUGAAUAAAAAUUUUCUAUAAAAA